UCUGGGAACGAGGAUGACAAAGAGUCUAAUGGCGGAAAUAGGGAAGGCGUAACAGUGACCGAAGACAGAAAAAACGCGAGGAUUCGCUCUGAAAUUUGCUUUACUGGCCACUCUUUAUCGUACACUACGACGGAUUAAGCACCUAGGAUCCUAUUCUUGAUACUUUGUUGGAGUCUUGGAGGGAACUAGCGGAGGUUAACGAAGAAAUUCCACUGUACGUGAACGUUGGACUUGUUGGAAUUUGUUUCCAAGGAGAACGUUUACAACGUUACAAGUGAAAAGCUAGCUUAUAUUUCGAUUCCCAGAGUUUUGUGCAACCUUUUUACAGUUCUGGGAGGUCGUCUAUUACCAUCGACGUAAAAUAUUGCGAUGGAUCUCUUCAAAGCAGAAAUAUGGCGGAGUUUUGUGAAGGUGACGUUUAUCAUGUCCAGUUUGGUCGUCAUCACCUCGGCUUUCAGUUGCAACUUUGAUACAUCCAUGUGCGGUUUUGUCCAGGACAGUAAUGAUACCUUUGACUGGACACGUCAUCGGGGAAGCACUUCCUCUAUGUAUACUGGACCAUCUGCUGACCACACCACAGGAAAUGGGUAUUACAUGUACAUAGAAACAUCAUCCCCUCAACAGACAGGUGACUAUGCAAAACUAAACAGCCCCAAGCUGCAAUUCAGCGGGAGCAUGUGUCUCCAGUUCUACUAUCACAUGCAUGGUGCAGCCAUGGGGACAUUAAUUGUGAUUGUAAAUGGAAUCAAUGUGCUCUUCACAAGUGGGGAUAAAGGUGACAAGUGGUUGAGAGCAACUAUUGAUGUAAAUUUAUCAGGAAAGUAUGUGGUUACAUUUGAAGGAAUACGGGGAAGUAAUUACCAAAGUGACAUCGCAAUAGAUGAUUUUGUGUUGGAAUCAGGAUCUUGUCUUUCAACCUUUGGUUGCAACUUUGAUACAUCCAUGUGCGGUUUUGUCCAGGACAGUAGUGAUACCUUUGACUGGACACAACAUCGCGGAAGCACUGCUUCUAGUGGUACUGGACCAUCUGCUGACCACACCACAGGAAAUGGUGCAGGAUAUUACAUGUACAUAGAGACAUCAUCCCCUCGACAGCCAGGUGACUAUGCAAGACUAAACAGCCCCAAGCUACAAUUCAGUGGGAGCAUGUGUCUCCAGUUCUACUACCACAUGUAUGGUGCAGGUAUGGGGACAUUAACUGUGAAUGUAAAUGGAAACAGUGUGUUCACAGCAAGUGGUGAUAAAGGUGACAAGUGGCUGGAAGCGACUAUUGAUGUAAAUUUAUCAGGAAAGUACACGAUUACAUUUGAAGGAAUACGGGGAAGUGAUUACCGUAGUGACAUCGCAAUAGAUGAUGUUGUGGUGGAAUCAGGAUCUUGUACUUCAACUUACUGUGUUGAUCCUGGAACUCCAGUGCAUGGUUCUAGAAAUGUUAGUAGUAGAGAUGGUGGAUUUCCAGAUGGGACAAUAGUUUCUUUUCAAUGCAAUGUUAACUAUAAACUCAGUGGAGCUAAAAAGAUUAUGUGUACUGAGGGAAAAUGGAGUGAGAAAAAGCUGCCCCUGUGCCUAUCACGAGUCUGUAUCUUGCCACCACCUACAUUUGCUCAUGCACAUGUCAGAAGCAAUCCAGUGCCGAACACCAAAGGCAGCUAUGUUGAGUAUGCCUGUGAUUUAGGCUACGUGUCUGAUCACCGCCCAACUCGCCUAUUGUGUGAUAAAGAUCCCAAAACACUAGGAUACAAAUGGAGUGGCAACUUCACUUGUGAAAAAGUCAGGUGUAGCCCUCCUCCACCUCUAAGUACAGGGCAUGGAAAUGUUAACAUUUCGACCUCUGACUCAACUACUGAAGCAUCAUAUUAUUGCAACCCUGGCUAUGUGAUGUUUGAUUUCAAAGGGGAGAUCGUAGACAAGUUUGUGAUGAAGUGUGAUCUAAGUGGUAGCUGGUCGUCGAACAGCCCUACUUGUUUGAACACUUGCUAUCCACCUGAUAGUUCACUUGCUCAUGGCUAUAUUCUCUCAAGGGUUAAACAGUAUAUCUUUGAAGGUCAAUAUAUUUACCCAGAAGGUACGGUGGUCACUUUUGCCUGUGAUGCCCUGUACAAACUUCCAGAAAAUACAGGACAGAGGACGUGUCUAAACUCUGGGUUAUGGUCUGGAAGACGUCCUCACUGUGUUCGAAGUGCUUGUAGAGACCCCGGUGGCAUAUCAAAUGGCUAUGGUACAUCGAACAACACCGAUUCGUCACAAUUCCCUAUAUGGACAUUGGUGACUUUUCAAUGCAAUACUGGUUAUAAGCUAGUGGGCUCAAGGCAGCGCCAGUGCAGGGCAGAUGGGAAUUGGUCCGAGAGACAAAAUCCAACAUGUGAAGCAUCUACUUUGAAAUGCAAAAAACCCCAACAUCUUGACCAUGGCAGAUAUGAUUCUAAUGGUAGAACCUCCUAUAAGCUGAAUGAAGUUAUUACCGCGGUGUGUAACCCUGGCUUUUAUUUGUGGGGGGAGGCGACAAAAACGUGCUGCGGUUUGGACGAUGGCGCAAGCGCAUGGCUUCCUAAGAGUUGGCAGUGUUCAGAUUCCAUGGGUCAGGUCUCUGACACUCGUGUCACUCAGUGUCUAAAGCCCGACAUGUACGAUGAAAAGUGCACAGAGAUUGGACGUCAUGCAGUUAUCCUCAACGAUAAGAUGUCCUGUCAAGCCGCAAGUGAAGAUGGGACCCCGACGGCAUCUGCAAAGCGUGAUAGUGAACUGGACAAAAUGACAAUUGUGGUUGCGACCGCGGGUUCUACCCUUGGUGCUUUGAUCGUCUUGCUGACCGCCUUGGUUUGCUUUCGGCGAUUUCACCGUAGUCGGCGAUUCCGACGCUAUUCGUUCCGGAGCCGAAGAUACAGCGACGACGACAGAAUUGCCAUCAUUGCUGCGUACACCGGUGAUGUUCACUUUAUUUUGCCUUCUUACGACGAAGCUAUAAGUCAGGUGGAGCGGUCACCGCCACCGUUUGAAUCUGUGGUGGAAGGAACGCAAGGGAGUGACAAUGAACCGACGUCAAGUUCUGACAAUGCUAGCACCAGCCAAGCUGCAGGCCUGGAGGCAAUUUCUGCUCCUGAAAAUACAAACAGCUCGGAGCCAGUCGGUGAUUCUACGAGCAUACGAGAACACGACACGAUAACCGAGCAGCGACCGAUUCAUAUCGUCAGUAAUCCGCUAGCGGACACCGCAAGUGAUACCAGAUCAAAUGCUCCAAAUGCGACUGAACAGACUGCUGAUGCCGCCAACGAAACAGGAGUUAAUUUAGCACUAAAUUGCUCCGAUGAAUCUAUAGACACUGGCGAUGCUGAGUUGUGGCCGAACCGACCACCCGAUAGUCUCCCGAGCAGCUCUUCGGAAGACGAUCUUACGUCGAGUCAAACUCAGCCGUUACUUGGCAACGGAAGUAGAGGAGUUAUGGUGUGAUUCUUCGUGACUUAUCUCAACGUCACGCGCUGCAGUCUGUUUUUAGUAAUUGUACGUCACCCUGAAUGUAACACAAUUGGAAAA